UUUCUUAAUUUACUGACCAAUAACUCAUGUUGACCCCAAGCCCUUGACCCUGUGACCUGACCAGAGGGAGUGAGGGGCAUUUGUGGGUCCGUAAGAGGCUGUUAUAACCCUGUGCAGCCCCGUGGGUCUACAGGAGAAGCCCAAGAGAUGCCCCGCUGGCCCUUGUGCUGCUAAGAGGCCUGACAGACACCCACGAUGGACACCUUCCGCCUCAAAUCCGGCGACACUGAAUUCAACACACGGGUGGACGCUCUCUUCUCCUCCCUCCAAUCAGCUGCCAAAGACCUCGAACCACAGCUGAAACGGGAGCACGAGGAGGAGGAAGAGGAAGAGGAGGAGGAGGGGGAGGAUGGGAGGAAGAGGCCUUGCUUUAGUAGGCCAAGAGGGCGCCCUCCGCAGUGGCGAGGCAGAGGCGGGGGACGGAGGGGGGCAAGAGGGGGAGGUCCGAGGAAUAGCACCCCAGACUUCGUAAAAAAUCCCCAUAACUGGAAGCGUUACGACAUGCGCGACACCCCAGUGCUGAGUGAUGCUGAGAAUAAGCGAGAGGGUCUUAGGCUCCUCUCUGACCUCAGCGCACGACCCGACAAGACCCAGACUGAGGAGACAACAGAGAAAAUGGAGCUUGACGAGGAUGACCGCCCGAAAGUGAUUUUCAAAAAGCCUGCCAUUCCUCCUCUGCCCAAGAAGGACUCGAAACCACCGAAGGAGAAAGAGGAGGAGGAGGAGAAAGAGGAGGAGGAAGAGGAAGAAGAGGAGGAGGAGGAAGAGGUUCACUACCCAGUCUUAAGCUCAAGGAAGUUCCACAAGCCGGAAUAUGUGGUUGGAAAAGCCAAACCGAAGCCAAAACCGAAGGAGAAGAUCGGGAAGGUUACCAAGAAGAAGGAGGAGAAGAAGGAGGAAGAGGAGGAGGAGGAAGAUGAGGAGGAGGAGGCUGGAGGGAAGAAGAAGGAGGUGAAGUUGAGCUAUCUGAUGUUUGAGGAGGAAGACUGAUACAGAUAGUCACUGAGGAGGAGGAAGAGGACGGAAGAAGAGGAGGAGGAGGAAGUUAAGUGGAGUUAUUUGAUGUUUGAGAAAGAAGACUGAUACACCUUAAGUCACAUAGAAGGAAGAGGAGGAGGAGGAGGAGGAGGAGGAAGUUAAGUGGAGUUAUUUGAUGUUUGAGAAAGAAGACUGAUACACCUUAAGUCACAUAGAAGGAAGAGGAGGAGGAGGAGGAGGAGGAGGAAGUGGAAGUUAAGCAGAAUUAUUUGACAUUUGAGAAGGAAGACUUACACAUCUAUAAGAGGAGGAGAAGGAGAAGAAGAAGUAGGAGAAGGAUUGAUAUAUAUAAGGACAUCAAGAGGCUGCAGGAGUCGAUAUUACCCCUAUAGAAGUGUGUUAAUGUUAAGUUAGCCACACACGCACGAUUCAGAAAGUUCCCGUACGGUCCCCCCUGUGAAAGCUGAACUGAUGAAUGACGUCACAGCUGCCCCACUCACUGUUUUAGGAGGCAAGGUUCAUAAUAGAGUAAAGAGAACAGUUACUAAUGAGUGUGUGUGUGAGUCAGUUAUCCAGUUACCCUAUGAUGCCCCCCUGUGAAAGCUGAACUAAUGAAUGAUGUCACGGCUGCCCCACUCAUUGUUUUAGGAGGCAAGGUUCAUAACAGAGUAAAGAGAACAGUUACUAAUGAGUGCGUACAUGUGUGUGUGAGUCAGUUAUCCUGUUACCCUAUGAUGCCCCCCUGUGAAAGCUGAACUAAUGAAUGAUGUCACGGCUGCCUCACUCAUUGUUUUAGGAGGCAAGGUUCAUAAUAGAGUAAAAAAGAAGAGUUAUCAAUGAGUGUGUGUGUGAGUCAGUUAUCCUGUUACCCUAUGAUGCCCCCCUGCAAAAGUUGAACUAAUGAAUGAUGUCACGGCUGCCUCACUCAUUGUUUUAGGAGGCAAGGUUCAUAAUAGAGUAAAAAAGAAGAGUUAUUAAUGAGUGUGUCUGUGAGUGAGUGAGUUAGUUUAUAGGCAAGGUUCAUAACAGAGUAAAAAAGAAGAGUUAUUAAUGAGUGUGACUGUGAGUGAGUGAGUUAGUUUAUAGGCAAGGUUCAUAAUAGAGUAAAUAAGAAGAGUUAUUAAUGAGUGCGUGUGUGAGUGAGUGAGAUUAUAGUUCUUGUUAUGUAUAGACUCAAGAAUUUGGUUUGUGGGUUUUCGUAUGGAAGAUAGAGUGUGUGUGUGUGUGUGUGUGUGUGUGUGUGUGUGUGUGUGCGCGUGUGUGUGUCAUCCCAUCCUGUACUAAUAAUAUGCAGAGGUAUGUAAUAAAUGCUACGUACCUUACCUGGA